ACGACGCAGUUCUGAGAACGGGGCUUAACUGUCAGCUCAGUCUGUCAAAUUUGCCUUAAUUUUUUAGUGUAGUUUAUAAUUUAUAAUUGAAAAUUUAAGAAAAAUGGCACAAAUAUCUGAUGUGGAACAACCUUAUAUGAAACAAAUUGAUUUAACCACUUUAAAUCUUCAACAACUUUAUACAUUGAAGCAACAGCUAGAUCAGGAACUCAGUUUAUUUGAAGAAUCUCUAACAUCGUUAAAAUUGGCUCAAAACAAAUUUCUAACAUCAAACGAAACAUUACAGAACAUAGACUCUGAUUCAGAGGGAAAAGAUAUAUUAGUUCCCUUAACUGGAUCUAUGUAUGUUCCAGGUAAAUUGGUAGAUACAAAUAAUGUAAUCAUUGAUAUAGGUACAAGAUAUUAUGUAGAGAAAGAUAUAGCAGCAGCGAAAGAUUACUUUCAAAGAAAAGUCAAAUUUGUAACAGAGCAAAUGGAAAAAAUUCAAGUUUUAGGUCUAAAGAAAAGUAAGAUACGCGAUACAAUUGUGGAAAUAGUAGAAAUGAAGUUGAGUGAAGAAAACAACAGCACCAGAGCUUAGUGUUCUUACAGUUUUGAAUAUUUUUUUGGCAGAAUUUCUAAUCAUGUAUAGUGGUUAGAAGUUAAUUAUUAAUUUCUUAAAACUUAAUUUUAUUAAUUUCUUUUAAUUUUACUAAAAUGUGAUUUGUUGCAGGUAAUAAAUUUGUAAAGACAGUUUUAGCUAUAAACAUUAUUAUUUAUUUUUUAAAUACAAGUUACAUUUCUUAUAUUGCACUUUAUGUAGGAUGUAAUAUUUGUAUUAAAAUCAUGUUUGCAAUAAAAAAAUAUAUACAA